GCAGAGCAACACCACAAGGCACAGAAGGGAAGACGGCGUUCAUAACACUCGAUGUUAACGACCUCGCAAAGUAGGUUGAGAUAAUCCACAGUCGCCAGAGUCUUUGAUGAUCUGGCUUCCCGCUUCAAUGCUAUAUCCAUUGGCCCGAGGACGCUUGUCUUAGACGAUUCUCUUAGUACUUCUGACAAACCCUGUGUCAGCACUGGUAAUUAGCGUCAGAAGGACAUGACCUGCUCUCGGCCGGCUAUUGUGUGAACAUAUACCAGAUAUGAGACACAUAAUCUACCUCUAGAGAAUAAGCAAGCGACCACAGCAGAGUUGUACCAUCUCUAGUUCUUCAGGAGCCUAGGCCGCUACUUAUAAAGUGCUGCUUACGAGUAGCGUUUGACCAGGUCAGAGCAGCACUCCUUUCAGACUUGUCGAAUUUCGUUCCCGAAAUACUUCACGGUUAACACUCUGUCCACCAUGGCAUUCUCGAUGGCUCUUCCCUGGUCGGAGGGCGAGGAAGAAAUGCAUCGUUUGCUACACGUUCCGAACCGAGAUAAUCCAACUUCCUCUAUGCUAACACCCCAGGCGGCAUUUUCUCUCCGACGUUUCCCUCUACUGGCUGUCGGAGUGAUCGAUGCCGAAGGCCGUCCCUGGGUUACUGUGUGGGGUGGCGAAUCAGGCUUUUCGAGGCCUUUGAGUAACACGAUUGUAGGCACGAAGACUUAUGUUGACCGUGUGAAUGAUCCAGUGGUGCAAUGCCUCGUCGGUGGGAGAGCUGAUGGAGAAGUGGUUAAGGAGGAAGGAACAGGGAGGAUGGUUUCCGCGUUGACCAUCGAUCUGAUGACAAGAAAACGGGUCAAACUUUACGGGCGAAUGGUUGCUGGGGCACUCGCCAAUGCAGAUGAGGGGGAAAAUGAGGAACCAAAUGCAGUAAAGCCUGUGAAUCAAGGCUUGAUUCAGUUGGUAGUGAAUGUAGAGCAAAGCCUUGGAAACUGCCCCAAGUACCUCAAUAAAAAGGAGGUGACGCCAGCACCAAUCCAGUCAAAGCUUGUAUCUGAUUCUCCAAAGCUUAGCACAAAAGCUCUGGAGCUAUUGGGUGACGCAGAUUUGUUCUUCGUUUCAUCUUACUAUUUAGACACUGACAUGGACACGAAUCAUCGAGGUGGGCCUCCUGGUUUUGUGCGAGUUUUAUCUAAUGACUCGGACGGUACUGAGAUUGUCUGGCCUGAAUAUAGCGGCAACAGGCUUUAUCAAACCCUGGGGAAUCUCUGCAGGACUCCAAAAGCCGGUCUCGCAUUUCCCAAUUUUGUGACCGGUGAUAUCCUAUACGUCACUGGUGAUACAGAGAUACUCAUUGGAGAAGACGCGGCAAAACUCCUACCACACACCAAUCUUUUGGUCAAACUAAAGAUAAGAUCCGCUAAGCUGGUUGAGAGUGGUCUACCUUUUCGUGGUGUACCGGGCGAGCUUUCGCCAUACAACCCGCAUUUGAGACUUUUGGUGAAGGAAGGUAGAGAUGUGCUUGACACCAGCAGGAAUCCUCCUAACAACGCCAUGUUGGAGGCCAAAACAGAACUUACUCCUACCAUAUCUCGAUAUCGCUUCUCGACAUCAGCUCCUAUCUCGUAUGAUGCCGGACAGUGGGUUGCGUUAGACUUUUCAGAAGAACUAGAUAUCGGAUAUAGUCAUAUGAGAGAUGACGACCCGGCUAGUCUGAACGAUGACUUCAUUCGCACCUUCACGAUCUCUUCGCCUCCUUCUGGGCCUCACACAAACAUAUUUGAGAUCACAGCGAGGAAAAAUGGCCCAGUGACUAGUUUCCUCGAGCGACAGCGCCCGAAUGUGGGACUUACCGUUCCAAUCCGUGGUAUCGGUGGGGACUUCAAGAUCACUAUACCACAAGGGACUGAUGACCAGGUAAUCUCAUUCAUAGCUGGUGGUGUUGGGAUCACACCUCUCCUCAGCCAACUCCAAAGCAUACCCAUCCCUCAACUACGACUCCUGUGGGCCGUGCGUAAACAGGACCUCGGUAUUGUUGCAGAUACUUUGAGCACGUACAAUGAUCUUGGUCCUCAGACCACUCUCUUCGUAACUGAGACAGGAGCAUCUGAACAGACUUUUGAGGGUAGACGGCCUUUUAAUCUAUUACAGGAGCAAGGUACUACUGUGAUCUGGCGACGAAUACAGAAAGAAGACCUUGAGAUUGAGGGUGUGCAUAGUUUCUAUAUAUGUGCAGGGGUAGCACUACAAAAUACACUCCUGAAAUGGCUGGACGGGCGAAACGCAAUCAGCGAAAGCUUCAAUUACUAAUUGCUAUAGCAAGAAUCUACCUUUUUCAUAAGAUAUAUGCCACACUUUAAGGUGAAUAUUGACAAGUGCAUCU